CCGCUGUGGUGGGAUGCACACAAUUUUCAAAGGCCCUUUUACUGAGUAGUAUCGGUUGAAUCGAAUUCAAUCUCCUGUCUCCCUCCUUUCUAUUCUUCCACCAUGACAGCAAGAAUACCACCCAUGUUGCCGUUGUUACUGAGUUUCCUUCUUCUCGUCUCGCUGGCAGUGGGCAAAGAGGCUCCAUCCUCGACAGACGAUGUGCCGAAAAAGCAUCGGGGGGUAGCACUGGCGGAACGGCAGAUUGACUGGUUGCGUUCCAAGAAGGGUGGGUUCUACAGUCCCAAGAUUACCAUUCGUCCUCUCUUUGAAUCGGAUUCCGAUACUGUACCUUUGGGUCUCUUCGCAUCCGGAGAAGGAUUCCAAAAGGGCGAGACAGUCAUGGUAGUACCCCGCCAGUGGCUGUUGACGACGGGUUCCGAGUUUUCCGAAGACAUGUGCCAUACCGCCGAGAAUCUGGUGCGACAGCGCAAGCUCCAAGACGAGUCGGACUAUGAACCCUAUGUGUCGUAUGUCUUUAGCAAGGAACGAAUCACACUCCCAUCGACUUUUUCGAGCCGGGGUAAAUCGCUCUUGCUGCUCAUUCGAGGACAACAGUUACCUCCCGACGAUUUGACCAAGGUCAGCUUUGCCCAACACUGCACCCAUAGCAUGUCCUUGGAUCAAGAAGAAGAUAAGGAAAUGCUUGAAUUUGCCUACUUGACGGUGGUUUCGAGAGCCUGGUCGGACAAGUUGGUACCCGUCUUUGAUAUGAUCAAUCAUCACAGUGGGCGCUAUGCCAAUGUCGAUAGUACUUCCAUUUUGACUGGAACGGACGAUAUUACCGUUCAUGCACUGAGGGAUAUUCCGCCUGGGGAACAGCUCUUUUUGUCUUAUAUGGAUUGCAUUGAUGAGCAGGGAUAUGAACUGGAUUAUGUUCUACCCCAAAUGCUCCGUGACUUUGGGUUUGUCGAUGAAUACCCGCAACGGUGGACAUUUCCCACACCUACCACCUCCAAAAACCCCUAUGUAUCAACCCCCAAACCCUCCAAUGACGAAGAGGAAGACGAAGAAGAGGAGGACGAUGAUAGUCUAGUCUUUGAUAUUGACUUUGUCAAUGAAGAAGCCGAUGCUCUCUUCAAGGCAGGUAAACUCAAGUCACCGCCCGAAAUGAAACUCACAUGGCGGACGGGGGAACCCACCGUCGAGCAAAUCCAAGUGUUGGCACAGGAAUUGCAACGCAUGGAAAAACUCAAGAGCCAUGUCAUCAAGACGGCCAAUCUACUGAAAGAUCCCUAUGAGCGUUCUGUGACGUUGGAUUACUACAACUCCCUCACCAUUGCCUUGACUUUUGCCACGGCCAACAAGACGUGCACCUUGCCAGAAGACUAUAGUUUGGAGGAAGGACAGGUAUGUCUCUCAGGAUUUGCGAACGUCGAAGAGGAGGAGGAGAUCAUCGACACAAUGACACUGGAAGAUGACCAGGAAGACGACACAGAACCCGAACACAAACCCACCUACCAUGGCAAUAAUCCAGAUGAUUGGAUGGCAUGUGAUGAAUUUUGGAAGAUUGAAGACGACUACGAACAUGUGGAAGAAUUCUAUUCACACUAUCAAGGAUUGGAUAUCUAUUACGGAAAGGCAGAAGAUGACAGUUGCCUGUAUUUGGACGGCUACCUUCACACGUGUGCAUCCUCUCGUCCUCACUAUCAUGAGGUCUUUGUUCACUAUCCUGCUCGCUUUUUGGACAAGGUCGAAAGGGUUCUCUUUAUUGGUGGAGGAGAUUCCAUGGUGCUGCAUGAAGUCCUCAAGUACCAAGAUUUGGAGCUCGUCGUGGGAUUAGAGUUGGACCAAAGGGUGACCAGAACAACAUUCAACACCUUUGGCACACAGCCGCACUUUGACAAUGACAAGGUACAUUGGUACUUUGGUGAUGCGGCCAAAAGCAUGCUGGCACUGCCAAGCAACUACUAUGGAAGCUUUGACUUGGUGAUUGUUGACAUCCUCACAGAAGUUGCAGAGAGCCUGGCAGUGAAUUACGAGCUCAAGGUUAUGGAGGCUGCAAUGCUUCUCAUGAAACCAGGUGGCAUCAUUGUCAAGAACGAAGAUCAAGGCUACGUACCGGGCACAAACAAAGACUACACCAAGUACUCUGUCGAUUUGAUCUACCAUGAUGUCCCUCUCUAUUGUCUUCAAAUCUUUGUUGUGGGCAGCAACACCGUUGACUUUCUGACCGCUCAACCGAAAGAUCACAAUGUCGAGACAAUCUACCUCAAGGGCGUCGAUGAGUUUCAAUCUCAAUUCGAUAGCUGGUACAACUUUGGCGGCGACGGCACGAGGAAAUGUGACCAAGACGAAGCUGCAGAGGAGCAGUUUGAAAGUGAUUAUACUGUUGGAGUCAUGAUGAUCCUCGAGGCAGAGAGCAUUGCUGUAUCACUGGAUACAGCAGAGACUUUGAAACCCGUCAUCGUUGAAGCUCUGAACACUGCUGGAAUCACCGGAGUUGACGCUGUCGAUUUCGCUUUCACGGCUGACGAUGGGGUGACGGGGUUCAGUCUAACUAUUUUUGCUCAGGAAGGCUACCUGGUCGCGAGGUGCAACCCAGAACUGCGCUACUGCGCUUUCGACAUUCAGCUUUACGGACCAAGUGUGCUGAAGCUUGAGGUUGUCAAAGCAUCUCUUAUCGCGGCGCUCCAAAGUGCUCAGAACUCCUCCUACCGCUUUGUCACCGGUGGCAUGUCCGGUCUAAAUAAUGAAGGCAACGGCGUUGGACCUCCCUCUGCAAAAGAAUUGUGCAAUACCGGUGUUCAUGGUACCACAAGCACACGAACAGAAGUCCGCAAGGAGAAGCGGCCUGAAGACUUUGAUACUCCGAAAGCAUCAGGACUGCAUGCCUACGACCUUAUUUCGCCUCUGAGCCAGUGGCAAUCACAGAAGCCAACGGGAGCUCAAGUACUCGUACAGCUCGAUCUCCCGGUAUUUUGGGCCGGCGAAAAAGUGUUUGUGGAGAAUCGAGGUGCAUGGGUUCCUGGGACUGUCACCAACCUCCAAGACGACUAUAGAUACGACGUCAAGCUAGAUGGGCGGCCCAAGAUAUUGAAAGACGUUGAGGAAUCAGAGAUGAUGAGGGACGCAGAACAAUUCGACAUGACUCUUGUUACGAGGUUCCUCGCUGAGGCCAUGGAUGUUUUGCUGGAAGCAAACGGACAUUCGCUAGAACCAGGUAGCUUCGCCUACAAGCAAGUCUCUGAUGGAAAUGGUGUCGGUAUUGUUGUUGCAACUCAUUGGACGGGGGGGAAUAUUGUCGCAACAUGGGAUGGAAGAAAUGUCGUGAGCAUCAAUUUGUAUCUUGCAUCGAUCAAGAAUCACCAAGACAUUGUCAAUAUAUAUGGGAAUCUCGAUGAACGCUUGGUUCUGAUGUCUCUGGAUAUCUUUCCUCGUGGCGGUGGCAACAUUGUCAGUUUCAAGGAAGAUCUCCUGAAACAGCCCGUCUGGGCCACGGAAGUCGAGGCUGUUUCUAGUUAGUUGUGCAAAUAAAAUGGAAUUUACAUUUACAUAUUAUG